GUUGUUGCACCACUGAUGAAAGCCAGCAACCGCACCCGUUUCUACCAGAAAUGGACUGAUCUGUUUUUCACUCUUGUGGGAAUCUGCAGUUUGCUGGAUUCUGGGGAGAGACUAUUCAUUUUCGAACCAGUGCUUGCUGGGCUGAAUGGUCUGUUGACUGCAGAAACGUCAAAUUCGUUCAGAAUGCAGGAGGUUAUUAUUCAGCACUGCACCACUAUGCAUUUUGUGUAUGUCCCUGAGCCUGAGGGGCCGAAACUUAUCGGUUACGAAUACAAAGGGCACUUUCGGCACCCAGAGUUUUUAUUGUUCGCCUUACUCAUCUCGGGUCUUUGGACCAUUUUGUGGAGUCUGACUCGCCACAGGUGCUACCGGUGGUUAAGUAACGCCAUUAAGCCUUCUCAUUGUCGGUCACUAUUUGAGCGUGCUCCACUUGCCAUCAAGAUGUCGCACAAGGAAUGGUACCAGAAGAUCGAGGAGUACAUGACAGAGGAAGACGAAGAGGCUCUCGAGCGGGAGGGCAAAACUUUGUUUGAUCACAUCAGGGACAAGUCGGUUGUUGCUCGAUAUCCCAUCUUCCUACUUUGUCGUCUAGAGCUGCUCAGAGGAACAACCAAAAAUUUGAAAUACCUUCUUAACUUGGCCAAAUUACGCUGCAAAGACGAGUAUGUAUUAUACAUCAUUAAAAUCUUCAAUGACAAAUGGACUCCAGAAGAAGCAAAGAAGAAACUCUUGAACCUUUUUGAAAAUCCAGAGAAAAAUAUUAAACUAAAAUCUGACAAGGAGGAACCAGAUGAAGAGGUUAAGAAUAAUAUGAGACACACCCAUGCAUUAGUUGAUGCCUCAUCUGCUUUUAAAGCUGAAAAUUUUCCAAGGUGUCUUGAAUUGUUUGCAGAAGCAAUGGAUAUUGCCAAAAAGUUAAAAAAGACAAAUGAUGCCAAAUUAGAUUCUUCAAUCAAAUUUUUAAGUGCAUUGUCAAAUACCCACAUUGGAUCUCUAACCAGUCUUACUAACGCUCUUGAGACACUAAAAUCUCUGAUUGGAACAAAGACUUUGAAAGAGGAAACUGAUGUAAUGAAUGCUGGCCAGGGUGAUAAAAUACCUAUGGCGUUUUAUGCAUUGGGUUUGGUCAUGGAAAAAUUAUACAGGUUCAAGCUUGGUCUGAAAGUCUUAGAGAGAGGACUGGAAAUCGUAGCUCGCAAGUCCAGCUCAAUGCCAUUAUUUUACUGGCCAGGCUCUCGUGAAGCAAUGCAAUUUUGUGAUGCAAACUUUCUUGCGGAUGAAAUGAACAAACUCAAGCAGGUAUUCACCUACCAUCAAAAGCCUGAUGCUAUUUGUCGUUAUGACGGAUGCCUGGAACACCAAAUCAUUCCUUGCAAAGACAUUUAUAUAAGUGAGCCAGAAUUCAACGGUUAUGUAGUUCUUACCUGCGAGAAUUACUGUCAAAUUGCUUACCAUUUGGCUUGCUGGAAAUCAUUUAAAGAUGAUCAAGCUGCGUCCCCCAAAAUUUCUGACAAGGACAUCUUGGGCACUAAAUGUCCUACUGACGACUGUUGCAAACUUGUACACGGCAAAAAGGUGCCCAACAAGAUUGUCCUAAUUGUUCCUUACGACCACAAUGGAAAGGAGAUUACAAAGCUUGAGAUGAAAAUUGAGACCUCACCUGAGCCAGAACCUGCUGCACCAGCAGCGUCUGCCCCUCAUCCAGCAAAGAAAAGGCUCAAGAAGCAAAGACUUAAUUCUGGCAGUGAUCCUCAGGGAACUGCUUCAUCAACACCAACAACCUCAAAUAAAGAAAAUGAGAAGCCAUCAAAAGGUGCUAAAUCUACUAGCAGUGGAACGCCUGCCAAGGCUGCUGAGCAGAAGCGACACCCUACCACAAGCGUCAAGGCAUCUCCUGCAAAGGUGAAUAGAGGCAAUGCACACCUGGUUAAAACUGCAUCUACUGAACAAGAUGAAUCUACACUAGCUAAUGAAAUUGUCAUUGAAAAAAUUCCAUUGAUUAGAAAUUUAGUCAGGGAUGUACCCACUCUGCUUGAGGCUGUCUGCACAGAGACUAAGCUAGAUACCUCGCCGUACAGCAAACACCUGUGGUAUCUUUUCAUUAAUGAUACUCUGAAGAACAGUGGUGGGAUUAUGAACAAAAAUGCCCUUUUUGACAUUGUCAAAGCAGAUACAAACAUAUGCAACGACUUCAAGAAUAAUUGUUUCACUUCUGAGGAUCACAAAGGGGGGAUAUCUAAGACUGAGUUUUACAAAUAUGUUCUGUCACUGCAAGCUUUUGGCAGUGUUGACGACCAAAUUUGCUUGGUGGAAAAGAUGUUUGACGCUCUUGACUACAACUCCAACGAAUAUCAAGAAUUGUACAAAAAGCUCUACAAUGUUCAAUUUGUCCCUGCGCCUGUGAAAGCAAGAAGGGUCAUUCUUCCUGCAGAACAGCAACCACUUUUAUGUAACCCAGAGUCUGACAAAAGCACUCCACCUCCUGAAGAUCUUAACGAAAAGGCUGCAACCUCACCUGACAAAGUUGAAGAGACACCUCAGAAAGAUGAAGCUGCUGCUCCUGAAACAAAAAGUCAAGCGCUCGGAGAAGCUGCUGUCUUCUUUGCUGAAGAAUUCAUCAAGAGUGCUGGCAAAGCUGAAGUAUUUGUUCCGGUCACAGAUGUGGAGGAAACUGCUGUGAAUGGGCUAACUUUACCUGAACCUACCAAUGAGUGUGCCUUGAAAGAAGAUGUUGCUGGGUCAGACAUAAAGGAAAAUGGCGUAACAGAGACCUCUCCAUGCCUAGAACCUUCUCCAGCUGUUUGCCAAAAGAUGUUGGAAAUUGACGAAUACGUUUCCAAGCAUGAAUAUGACAAAAUGAAGGCAGAAUGUGUUGAAGCAUCAAAGAGGAUCAAAGAUUUGGAGAAGUUACUAUCAUCAGAGGCAGCCCAGAGCUCCAACCGAGAGAAGACUUUCGAGAAAUUGAGCAAGGACUUCCACGAGCUUACUGUGGAGCACAAGAGUUUGACGAAAAAGUCUCAUGACACUGAGAGAAUGCUCAGCGAGCAUUUAGAACUUGCUCGCAAAGAGAAGGAUGCUGCCAACAAGAAGGUUACAGAUCUGACAAAACAGGUGGAAGAGUUGAAAAAAGAAAAGAAGAAACUCAAUGAUAACUCUGACAAAGGGAAGAAAAAGAAACAGGAUGAAUAUCUACUUAGUGCAAUGAACAGUGUCAUCCAACUGAUGGAACGCCAAUGGGUCACAGUCAACGAACAGGUUAUGGUUUCAAAGCAAGAGGCUGAAGACUUGAUUUAUUGCAUGCUUGAUGUGCUGGAUGAAAACUCAAAGCCAACAUACGAGGAUGCUAUGAAGUGCAUUAAUGAUUGGGAAACCCUUGCAGUUAAUUUUGAGAUGUCUGGAACCACCAUGAAAAAUCGAAUUGUUGCUCUUGGUGACAUUUCUAAAAAUCCAGAAGGCGUUUGGCCUAACUUGAGCAAAAUUGAUAUCCCCAAGAAACCAACCAUGCCUAAAAAGAUUGUUUUGGAAGCAGUAAAAGAAGUUCUGAAAGAUUUUAACAAAAAACUACGUGCACCACCUCAAGAACCUCCAAAGACUGCUGAAACUCAAACAGAUAUUCGCGAAGAAGCCUUUCCAUUCCGGACACCACCACCAUUUUCUGCUUCCAUGUUUCAAUAUCAGGUACAACCGAAUCCUGGAAUGUUUGAAGGUGCGGUAGGAUUUGACCGCAACCAUCCCUUCCAAUCAAUGCAAUCUGCGCAUCCCUCCUCAAGACAGCCAUCAAUGCAGAACUUCAGCGUCCCUCCACCUGAAAUUGCUGGUUACUCUGGGACACAGGGUUCUGUUGAAAGUCUUCAGCCAGCUGUUGCGAGCAGACCUUUGCUUCCACCAUGUUUCAAUAAGAUGUACCAGUCUGAUGCCAGUACGUCUAAUGGGCUCCCAGGCUUUUUCUCCAACUCUUCCAUCAACCAAGCCCCACUGGUUACUAGAUAUCCACAAGUGGAUAGAGACUGCCCAUCACCAACUUCAUCCACAACUUCCGAUUCAUCAGUGACUAGCAAUGAAGUCGCAUCUCCAGCUAGUGUUGCAUCUCGUGUUCCUACUAGAGAUCUGAUUCCCAAAAGCCUUCUUCAUCAUGUCAACAGAAUAAAGAAAAAUGAAAACUAUGCUGACAAAUUCAAGCAACCUGAACCACCCAAAAUUCAACCUUGCAAUGCAACUAAAUUGCCUGCUCAUGAGCUUAAGUUUGACCUGAGCUUCACCGAGAUGGAGAUGAAACUUAUAGAGUUGCAGGCUUUGAUUCCCUACACUUCCAUUAAUGACUUCCGCCAAGUGCUUCACUGGCUUGGGCAACGCAGAACUGAUCUGAGAGAUCUCACUGGCCAAAAACUCAAGGAAGAGGCGUGCAACAUCCUGACUGAGCUGCUAUUGAAUGCCUCUUCAAAUGAGUUAAAUGAGAAGAUGACUGAUGUGCCAGGCUUAAUAGACUUGCCAAACGACGAGUGCUGCUCAAUUUGCUACGUCAACUACAAAGAAUGUAGCAAUCCCAUUCACACUCUGGUCUGUGGGCACUUCUUCCACAAGACGUGCAUUCGCACUUGGUUGGAGACUAAAAGGGUGGACUCGAAAAAUGGGGGUGGCAAAGGAUGUCCAAUCUGCAGAGGGGAAGUUCAAGUUACCUCUCCAAAUGCUGAAUUCCCACCACUUGGCCACGGCAGGCGCUGAAUCAACUCUGAAUGAUAAUAGAUAAGAUACGUAGUUAGCCUUUUAUUUUUGCUACUGUAAUGCCAUAUCAAUUCUCAGAAUGGCCAUUAAUUAUUCCUUAAAAUGUUCAAUGAAAAGGGACAAAAUUGAUCCUCAAGAGUUUGUGAAUUACAGUUCCUUUUAGUUUAUUUAUGUAUGACUGUGCACUCUUUAUUUAAAGAGACUUCAAUAAACAUACCAACAUAAUUGUGAUUUGCAAAUAAA